ACCCAACACUUUCUCCCUACAACAUUUCCAGUCACUACCGCAGUGUCCCCACCCGUAUCAAGCGGGAAUGACAACCGUCCAAUCAGAAUUGGCGAAGGUCUUUCGCAGCUACGGCCAUCUGUGCGCCUCUCACCCGUGGGAAGUGAUUGUGGCGACUUUUACCCUCACCGGAUGCAUUCUCUCCAUGGGAUUCCUCGUCCCGCAGUCGCAACCCGUGUGUCCGACAUUGCACUGCGACGCGUCAGGAGAUGGUGAAAACAGUUCCGACGUCAUACUUCUCAGUGUCACUCACACGUUGGCCGUACUCUACAUCUACUUGCAGCUAAGAAACCUGUCUCGUCUCGGGUCGUCGUAUCUUCUCGGGAUAGCCGUCGUGUUCACUCUUCUCGCCAGUUUUAUAUUCGCAGCUGGCGUUAUCGGCUUGCUAGGCAAAAGCGUGACAGGACUAAAUGAGGCUCUUCCGUUUUUUCUACUUCUAGUCGACCUAAAUAAAGCCCGUACGUUGGGUGUAUUCGUUUUGGGAUCGUCAAGUCCUCUUGAUGUUAAGGAGAGAAUUGGGAAAGGUAUGGCUAUGCUUGGACCUGUUCUAGCCAUUGACACAAUGGUUGAAUUGUUAGUCACGGGCAUAGGAUUAAUGACGGGUGUUCAUCAGGUGGAGACUAUCUGCUGUUUUGGGUGCAUGUCUAUUUUGGCAAAUUUUAUUGUGUUUAUGACAUUCUUUCCGGCGUCACUUGCUCUCGUUCUUGAGAUGUCACCUGACAGUAAAAUCAAGUCUCUGAAAGGAUAUCUUAAAGAGUCAUGGAGUGAGUCGGAUGAUAAAAAACCGAACCCGGUGACACAGAACAUCAAGCUCAUAAUGAGUGUUGGUUUGGUUGCUGUCCAUGUGCACAGCUGGAUGGUCAACAAGAGUUCUCCAGAAGUGGAUGAUGUCAAUUUACCUACUCAACCAUCAGACUACGGCUUGUGGUCUGAGUUCUUAGGAAUCGGUCCCGAGAAGUACGUGGCGGUUACUCUUGGGUUACUUCUAUCACUGAAAUACAUAUUCUGGGAUACUAUGGACAUUCCGGCUGAUCCAUCCUUCAUCAUACCUAAAAAGCGUCGCGUCUCAAUCUCAACACAAUCCAUACCCAAACCACAUACCUACACACCACCGGCAUCUCCACUCGAUCAACAACUAGAGCCAUCGCUACCAGAGAAAGUCAGUCAGUCGGAUGGUGGAAACGAUGGAGUGAAAGACGGAGGCAAUGACGAGCGAUCACAAGUCACGUCUAAGAUGGCAAACGGUACAGCAAGAGACUUUGUGAUGUCUUCAUGUGUGGAGUAUGGACUUCAGCCGUUGUUGCCAACAAUUUCUGAAAAGUGUGAGAUUUAUUCGAAAACAAAGUUUAUUGUUGAGUCGUCGGAUGAUGAGCAAGAUGAGGAGGAGGAGGAGGACGUGUUUGUUGCUAUUCCAGAGGAGCCACGUUCGUUGCAGGAAUGUCUCGAGAUUUAUGGUACAGAGGGCGGUGUGAAGCGUCUCAGUGAUCUGGAGGUUGUGGAGUUGGUGAAGGCUAAACACAUGUCUGUGUACAACUUGGAGAAGGAUCUCGGAGACCCCAGUCGUGCCGUAGUGGUGCGGAGAAUUAUUGUUGCUUCUCAGCUCAAGGAUUCACAAGCAAUGGACAACAUUCCACAUGCCAACUAUAACUACGACUUGGUAAUUGGUGCUUGCUGUGAGAAUGUCGUUGGCUACAUUCCUAUACCCGUAGGAGUUGUUGGUCCCUUGCUGCUUGAUGGCCAGCAGUACACUGUCCCUAUGGCAACAACAGAAGGCACUUUGGUAGCAAGCACCAACAGAGGCUGCAGUGCACUUAGAAGAGCUGGUGGAGUAUCUAGUGUCUUACUCAGUGAUGGAAUGACUCGUGGACCCGUUGUACGCUUUCCAUCGGCGUCAAUGGCAAGCAAGGUGAAGGAAUGGCUUGAACAGCCGGACAAUUUUGCUAAAGUUCAAAAGGAUUUCAAUCAAGAAAGCAGGUUCACUCGUCUCAGCAGUCUGAAAACGGUUGUUGCCGGUCGACACCUUUUCAUUCGUUUCAAGGCUUUCACUGGUGAUGCUAUGGGCAUGAACAUGGUGUCGAAGGGAGCAGAGAGUGCUCUCAGGUCUCUUCAGGAAAUAUUUCCUGAUAUGGAAAUCAUUAGUGUUAGUGGAAAUUUUUGUACGGAUAAGAAGCCGUCGGCGGUCAACUGGAUAGAAGGACGAGGAAAGUCUGUUGUAUGUGAGGCAGUUAUUCCAUCAGCAAUAGUGAAACAGACUCUUAAAACGUCUGUUCAAGCUCUCGUGGAUGUCAAUACCAGCAAGAAUCUCAUUGGAUCUGCGGUGUCAGGCUCUAUCGGUGGAUUUAAUGCACAUGCUGCUAACAUUGUGACAGCCAUAUAUCUAGCGACAGGACAGGAUCCUGCACAAAACGUGUGCAGCUCCAAUUGUAUGACUCUCAUGGAGCCGUGGGGACCCAACAAGGAAGAUGUCUAUGUUAGCUGUACGAUGCCCUCGGUAGAAAUAGGAACCGUAGGAGGAGGAACAAACCUUCCAGGACAGUCAUCUUGUUUGCAGAUGCUCGGUGUGAAGGGACCAAACAGAGAGAAUCCCGGCAAAAAUGCGGCCACUCUGGCACGAAUUGUGUGCGGCACAGUGUUGGCCGGUGAGCUGUCGUUACUGUCGGCUCUAGCCGAAGGACAUCUUGUGAGAAGUCACAUGAAACACAACAGGUCUUCUGUUGCAUUGAUGACAAAUUUGUCUCACGUUGAGAGGUAAUGCUGAGUUUCUCUGUCAACGACACAAUUAGGAUCGACACUAGGUAGAUGUGGGCUAGAAGCAUAGGAUUGGCUUAUAGAAAUUAUGGCCAGAUGAGAUCUAUAGCUACAGUAGCCGCUACUCUGGUGUUCAUUAUUUAUAUGUAAAUUAAGAUAGCAGAAUACCGCAUCUCAGAUUUAUCUGUGAUCUGUGGAACUUACCACUCCAGAAUUCCCUGUAGUUUGUGUCAAUGUAGAGAAGUCUUGUAGUUAUAUAUCAGAGAAUUUAUGAUUCUGUCUCGA